GUUUCAUUUUUUUUUCUUUUCUCAUUUUAUAAAUAAAUCGUCAUUACACAUGUCGAGUUCAUUACCAUUUAAUUCCAAACCACAUCAACAUUCUAGAAACUCUUCAGAUAAUACAUCUGCUUAUAUAAACGAAAAUGUACUUGCUAGCUCCUUUGAUCCUACAGAGUCUACUGCUAGGCUAAAUGCAUCCCCCGUUCCGCAACCCUAUAAUUUUAGCACUUCACCUGCCAAAAGUAUUCGUUCUCAACGGUCUUAUGGUACUAAUAGCAAUAGCCAUCAUAUCUCUUUUAAAGAUAGACCUCGUUCGCCUUACGGUGAUAACUUAUCAGUUGAUAUACAUGAUGAAGAAGUAGCCAAGGUAGUAAGACGUCAUCUUGUCUCUGCUUCUCCUUCUGGAUCCCCUAGUUUCUUGAGUACUUCACCUGGUCCAAGUACUAGUAUUCAUCGAAAUGAAGAACAUCAUGCUGCAAAAGAGGAAGACGAAGAAGAAUCGAUUGCUGAUGUUCAUCAACUACAUGGUGGUGCUAUCACUCACGAUAUCUACAAAUGGACAGAAGAUCACGAUCAUGAUCAUUUACAGGCCAAAAUGAAAAGGUCAAGGUCUAUGAUGGUAGCUACUCAUAAACCAUCUGAUCCGGCUUUAUUAAACCUAAAAGAUCCGGGGGGGUUUAGACGUCAUUAUGUCAUUGAUCAAGCGGUAAAGAAAGGUAAAAAGCCUCCUUCUUGGAUCACACGUUCUUUUGUCGAUUUCCUAGCAAUGUAUGGCCAUUUUGGUGGCGAGGAUUUAAGAGACGAGGAAGGUAUGAGCUCCGAUGAAGAAGAAGAUUUCAUUCAAGGUUCCGAUGAAAGAACAGCCCUUUUACGUCAAGCAAGAGCAAAUGUAGUUGAAGGAACAGCAACUCCGACUAAAACUGUCUUUUUAUUACUGAAAUCGUUUAUUGGUACAGGUGUUAUGUUUUUACCAAAGGCCUUUCACAAUGGUGGUGUACUCUUUUCUACACUUUUUUUAUUUUUUAUUUCUUCAAUCACCCUAUAUUGUUUCUUAUUGCUGAUCAGAACACGUAAUAAAGUUCCUGCUUCCUUUGGCGAUAUUGGUGGUAUUUUAUUUGGGCAGUCAAUGAGAAUAUUAGUCCUCUCGGCCGUCACUAUCUCCCAGAUAGGGUUUGUUUGUGCUUACAUGGUAUUUGUAGCACAAAGUUUGAAUGCGUUAAUUGAAGCUGUCAGUGACUGUAAAAUCAAUGUUCCACUUCAUUAUCUUAUUUUAGUUCAAAUUGCUAUUUUCGUACCUCUGGCAAUGAUUCGAAAAAUUCAAAAACUUUCUAUUUUUGCUUUGAUCGCCGAUGUUUUCAUUUUACUUGGCUUAUCGUAUUUGUAUUAUUAUGAUCUGUUUGUGUUAAUAGUUGAUGGUAUUGGUAAGGUAGAAUGGUUUAUCAAUCCUUCCUCCUUUCCUAUGUUUAUUGGUACUGCUGUAUUUACAUUUGAAGGUGUUGGGUUAAUUAUUCCUAUUGCUGAAUCAAUGAGAGAGCCAAAGAAAUUCCCAAAGGUUUUAUCGUGGACUAUGUUAUUUAUUACAUUACUAUUUAUAUCCAUUGGUCUUCUAUCUUAUCUUUCAUUUGGUGAGAAUGUUCAAACUGUUAUUUUAUUGAAUUUACCAGCUACAGUUACUGUCAAUUCAAUUCAAGGAUUGUAUGCUAUAGCUAUUUGUUUAUCAAUCCCUUUACAGCUUUUCCCUGCUAUUCGUAUUGUCGAGACGGGUCUCUUUUCUCGUUCAGGCAAAUAUAACCCCAUAGUAAAAUGGCAAAAGAAUAUGUUUAGAUUGGCUACUGUUUUAUUAAGUGCAGCAAUUGCUAUUGCAGGGUCUGGGGAUUUAGAUAAGUUUGUUUCAUUAAUUGGUUCUAUUUGCUGUAUUCCACUCUGUUACUUAUUUCCUCCACUCUUCCAUUUAAAAGCAGUUGCAAAUAAUUGGAGACAAAAAGUAACUGAUAUUUCAAUUAUUGUCUUUGGUACUGUUUGCAUGAUUUAUACAACAUAUAUCACUAUUGGUCUCUGGACUCAGGAUGGAGAAUCUGCUGCUCCUAUUUCUCGUUGUGCUCCCCGUACUUAAAAAAAAACAUUAUUAUGUAUUGUAUACCUCUUCUUUAUUCUAUUAUCUUUUCUAAUAUAGAUUUUGUUAUAAAAUGUUAAAUGCUUUAUAUAUUA